UCAGUCCUUGAGUGUACGCGUUUUCAAACCCCAAACAAAUAGAAAGGGAGGAAAAUUGUCUGAAGUCUAAAUUCGUCGGUAUCGUGUUGGAUUCAGCCUCUGACUCAGCUUCGUGUUCUCUUCCAAACCAGUGAAAAUUUUCUGGUUUUUAUUUUAGCUAAGCUCUCUCAAAUGAGAAGACGAUGAUCAUGAACAAUAGCAGGAAGUUUGUAAGAUUAAGACUGGAGUUUGGAGUUGGUGUCGUGCUGUUUUUGUUAUGUCAAAGUUUGGUUUGUUGGUCGUUGAACGAAGAAGUAAUGAAUGCAGGAUUGGCGUUGUUGAGAUUGAGAGAGAGAGUCGUUAAUGAUCCGUUUGGUGGUUUAUCGAAUUGGAAGGAAGAAGAUGGAGAGGUUGACCAUUGUUCUUGGUUUGGUGUCGAGUGCUCUGAUGGCAAAGUUGUUGUUUUGAACUUGAAAGAUCUUGGUCUUGAAGGAACAUUGGCACCUGAGCUUGGAACUCUAGUUCACAUUAAGUCUAUUAUUUUGCGCAACAACUCUUUUACUGGAAUUAUCCCAGAAGGGAUAGGAGAACUCAAGGAAUUAGAGGUGUUGGACUUGGGAUACAAUAAGUUCAGUGGACCACUUCCACCUGAACUUGGUAGCAAUCUGUCACUAACAAUCCUUUUACUGGACAAUAAUGAGUUUCUCAGUAGUUUCUCUCCUGAAAUUUAUGAACUUCAGAAGCUUUCAGAAACUCAAGUGGAUGAAAAUCAACUAUCUAUCGCUGCUAAAUUAUCUUGCAAGAAAAGAUUCAAUUCAUGGAAUGCUGGCCAAUCCGAAGAUGCAGUGCAAAGGAGACUGCUGCAAGAAAUACCUGACAUUCCAGCAGAGUCACCAAAAGCCCCCUUUUUAAACUUUAAUAUACCUUUGUCUCCUUCUCAUGCACCUCAAUUUCUGACUCCUUCUGCAUCUGCUGAACCUUCCACUCGUACAUUUGCAAGAGAUGCUCCUGUUCAACGACCUUCCUUUGCUCCAGCUCCUUCCCCAUCUGAAAAUAAUACAGUAUUACCUAAUGUCUCUGCUCCAUACCCUUCAGGAAGCAAUCCUUCAAGUUUUCAUUCUAGUUCAAAACAUGGAACUGCAAUACUGGCUGGACUCAUAGGGGGUUCCAUAUUUCUUCUAAUAUUACUUAUCAUUUCCUAUCUCUUUAAAACUUUGAAGGUAUCUACCGUGAAACCUUGGGCCACAGGGCUAAGCGGGCAGCUUCAGAAAGUAUUUGUAACUGGUGUACCAAAGCUGAAGAGAUCAGAGCUUGAAGCAGCCUGUGAAGAUUUCUGCAAUGUAAUUGGCUCUUCAACAAUUGGCACUAUGUACAAAGGGACACUGUCUAAUGGGGUUGAAAUAGCUGUGGCCUCUGUCCCAGUGAAAUAUGCCAAAGAUUGGUCAAAGAAUUUAGAAACAAAGUUCAGACAGAAGAUUGACACAUUAUCAAAAGUGAACCACAAAAAUUUUGUCAACCUUCUUGGAUACUGUGAGGAAGACGAGCCUUUUACUAGGAUGAUGGUUUUUGAAUAUGCUCCAAAUGGCACACUCUUUGAGCAUUUACACAUUAAAGAAUCUGAGCCCUUGGACUGGGCAAUGAGGUUGAGAAUUGUAAUGGGCAUGGCUUACUGCCUUGAGCAUAUGCACCAACUCAACCCACCCCUACCCCUUAACAACCUAUCCUCUUCAGCUGUCAAUCUAACAGAAGACUAUGCAGCCAAAAUUUCAGAUUUGUGUUUCUGGAAUGAGAUAACUGCAACGGAGCGGGAAUCAGACAGAAACAACCUUUCAGAUACUCCACUAGCAAGCCUAGAAAGUAACGUUUAUACCUUUGGCGUAUUAUUAUUUGAAAUAGUAACGGGUAGGAUGCCUUACUUGGCAGAUAACGAUUCACUUGAAGACUGGGCAUUAGACUAUUUGAGAAGGGAGCAAGCCCUCAUAGAGAUGGUUGAUCCUACUCUAAAAUGUUUCAAUGGGGAGCAACUCGAGAAAAUUGGGGAGGUCAUAAAAUCUUGUAUCCAACCUGAACCUAGACAAAGACCGGAUAUAAGAGAAGUCAGUACAAGAUUGAGAGAGAUUACUGCAAUUACACCUGAUGGUGCAAUCCCAAAACUUUCUCCUCUUUGGUGGGCAGAGCUUGAGAUUAUGUCUCCCGAAGAAAGCUAGGUGAUGAAGUUGAAACUUGUAUGUUUUCUUGAUCUUAUGUAGGUGGAGAGGCAAAAAGAAGUUUGCCUGUAGGCCAGCAUUGGUUGUAUUUAUUUUAAGGUAAUGGAAAGUUUGCUGUAUGUAUUUGAGAUAGAGAGGAAAUCCAGGUUCCAAUUUGUUCAUUGUUACCUUCAUUUUUGUAAUGCUGAAUGAAUUUGUUGUCUUACAUUCUUUCUUUGCCAAGUAUAUUGUAGACUAAUCUUCCAGCUAUAACAGAGAGUUGUAUAAAGAAUAGCAGAUGCAGGAAUUAA